AUGGAUCGACGCAAUCAAGUUAGCUUUGAGCUUACGAACAGAUUAUCCGCCCUACUUGAUGCUGCACGAAAUGAAGAGCUUACCUCAGAGUUGCAACUUCUUUCCACCGAACCACGUGAAGUCUUGAGCCGGAUUCUAUCGCCAACCUCCGUUAUCUCUACAGCUUCCUCAUCCGCACUCAACACCACACAGCAGACGGCUUCUGUUGGGUUUCGUAGUAUUGGCUUUGGCCAAUGUGGAAUGGUUUUCGAACGGCCUGGCCAUGCGUACGCAAUCAAAAUCGCCCGCCCAUCAUUCGAAAAUGCCCUUUGGGCAGAUUUCCAAGCCCACUUCGCGGUCUACCAGGCGUUUACAACCCAGCAGUUCGUCGAAGUACGUAUUCCCCGAAUCUUCUCAUACGUGCCAAAAACAAACCAUGAAUGGUGGGACUCCCAUGUGAAUCUUUUUCAUGGAACACACCCCUCUUUCCCUCUGCCUGCAAUGGCCUUGAUCACCGAAAGAAUACCUCCCAUACCCAAGCUGGCUCGGCAGGCCCUCAUCGAUGUCUAUUGUCCCGCGCCGUCACAACUUGCUGUAAGCUCUCACGACACUAACCGUGAUUGUCUUGCCCGCAUCUAUCUCGGCCGCCGACGUGGUGCGAAUGAUCCACCACCACGCAACUUCACAUUGAGAAACUUCAACUUGUGUCUUGAUCAGAUGAUCGAGCUAAACCUACCUAUCCAGCAUUACGCAAGAGAUAUUGGGCAGGCUUUGGCGAUCAUGCAUUGGUCCGCAAACGUGGAUGGCUACGAUGUUGAAUUUGUGCUAGGCAGUGAAGGGGAGACAAUAUACACCCAGGAUAUUUCUCGCUCGUUGGGACUCAGCGCAGAACGGAUUACGAAGAUGGCCCCUCACACAGACGUGGACAGCAUGAUACGUGCCAAAGUUCAACGCCGAACUACUCGUGUCUGGGUUCUGGAUUUCAAUUUGUGCAGUAUAUGGGAAGAACGAAUGGGAAUUGAAAGGCCGGAUGACUUGAUAGCUCAUCUCGUGAGUGCAUUUUUUGAAAACGACCCUUAUUACCCUCGUGCAACCCCAGACCUUGAACUUGAAAAGGCUCUCUGGUCUACGUUCAGCUCGGCAUACCGUGAUGUAGCAGCGAGUCUACUGUCAGUCCCAGGAAAAAAUCCGGGACUUGCGGUACUUCCACAGAAGUUUCUUGAUGCUUGUGUGUUACAACAAUCAGAAAACUCAGCUUCGGGAAAUUGA